ACGCAACGUGCGCAAGCCCGUGCCCAGCCAAAUUUCCCGAAGCCGUAGCCCGCCUAAACACAACACCCUGACCUCCCAACCAAAAACCCCCAUCACAUCAACUCCAAGAAAGCUCCAUCCAACCCCCUAUCUCCACCAAAACAACUUCAACCUACCGCCUCAUCACCUCCUUUUGCUUCCGCCCUAUUCAAGAUGUCUCGUUCCGGUGUCGGUCUCGCUGCUGAGUGUAUCCCUGCUUUCGAGGAGCUCAAGCUUGGCAAGAAGACCAAGUACAUCAUCUACAAGCUCGGAGACGGCAACAAGAGCAUCAACGUCGAGAAGACCAGUGAUGACGGCGACUAUGACAACUUCCUGGCCCAGUUCCCUGAGAACGACUGCCGAUACGCCGUCUACGACUUUGAGUACUCGCUGGGUGGUGGUGAGGGCCAGAGGUCGAAGAUCUGCUUCUACACGUGGUCGCCCGACAAUGCUCCCGUGAAGGCCAAGAUGAUCUACUCGUCCUCCAAAGAUGCACUUCGCCGCGCCUUGGCCGGUAUCCACGCCGAGAUCCAGGGAACCGACUUUAGCGAGGUUGCUCACGAGACUGUCCUUGAGAAGGUCAGCAAGGGAGCCGGAAACCGCUAGAUGCCACUCGAGCUUUAGCUUGAUUUCCGCCGCUGAAUUUAUUUGUUCUUGAUUCGGGAUGUUAGCGAUUGACUGGUUCGGUUUCGUGUUCCUCUUUGAAUAAACUUAAAAGUGGGAUAUGAUGGUAAAUCAAGUUUUGUUUUCGCGGCCUUGGAUUGCUGUCAAGCGUUUCUUAUUUGCUGCUGUGCUCUGUGCGAUGGGUGUCGGUUGGGAAGGGGGGGAAUGGGACUGUAUGCGAUAUGGUGGGGUUAAUGGUGGGAUAGCUGAAAGCACUCAUUUUUAUAUGUUGACACUUCUGCUGUCACCGGUUGCACCUGAGCGAUUUUUUGGUGUCGGGAAUACCGUAAUCUCUAA